ACGGACAGAGAAUUUGAGGAAAACGGUUAUUUUCUCGGGGGUGUAUGUUUGUUCCGGUGCCACAAGCAGCCGUAAGAAAGCCGGUUCCGUUAUCGGGAAAUCGCCAGCGAACACCGUCGCUACCUAACGACGAAACGGUAUGGCAAGAUUUUUUAGUCUGGUGAGGAAGCAACACGAAUGAAUCAACGAAUGGUUGUGACUAUUCAGAUUCUCAGCGGAAAAAAUAGAUGCAGCAUCAAACAGUGUACUCUAGACCUUUUCAUCGGUUGUGGAAGUCGGGUUCCACGCGCAACAAAGGUAUGCGUGUAGCGGUGCCGGUUCCGCGAAGUGAUUGUAUUCGGAAGUUUGUUUCAACACUGAUGCCGGAAUAUCAAAUCAACGGUAUAACGAUCAACUUUCCGUUCGUACCGUAUCAGGUUCAGCGGCAAUACAUGGCCCGGGUGAUCGAAUGCCUGCAAAACGGAAACAACGGCAUACUAGAAUCAUCGACCGACACGGAGAAAACGCUCAGUCUUCUGUACUCAGUGGCUUGGGUUUUGCAAAAGAAGGCCCAAGAGGGCCCAAGUACAGGCUAAUAUGCGCACAAACAUUACCGACAGCUACUGGACAAGCUUGAUGAAGGAAGUGGCUCUGAGGGGGUGAAAUGGGGUGUACGCAUCGCGAGCGUAUUCACAACUGACACAGGUAAUGCAGGAGAUGUCACGAGCUACAGUCAUGAAAGGAGCGUGCGUGUCCCUUCUUCCUAUCCAAGGAGAUAAUCGAGAGCGCGGAUAUCAUCUUCAUGCAGUAUAAUUAUUUGCUGGACCCGAUGAUGCGCAAGGCGAACAAUUUGGAGCUGCCGAAGACGAUUAUCAUUCCGCACGAGGCUCACAAUGUGGAGAAAACGUGCGAAGAAUCGGCGUCGAUGCAAAUUCGAUCGACGGACAAAGCGUGCAUUGAUAAUAUUAAAUACGUCGAUUAUGAAGGUGAUGGACCACUUGGUGGCUAUAACGAAACGAAGAAAAAUUUCAUUAUCGAUGAUUUGGAGCUACUGAAAGAGAUGCAAUUGGAAAGAACGGGAACAUGUAUUUUCGAAAUAUUCAGAGCGGAGAGAGACGAGAGUCGAGAGUUGAUGACAGUGAGAGGCACUAUGUGCGUUCCCAAUAAAUAUAACACCGAAGUAAACUUCCGAAGCGCCGAUCUUGCGGUAUCGAGAGGUAAUUUGCGGGUUUCGGCAUUUCGAACGUACAGGAAAUCCCGGAAAUCCAUAGCGCAGUAUUUACAGUUCCCUACGAUGCGCACCACGACAAAUGGCAGGAUUGUUUCAAAGUGGCCACCUCCACGGCGUUACAAAUUGUUGAAAGAAAUGAUGAAAUAAAA